AUGGCUGAAUACGAAGCCUGGGCCAUAGGAGUUGAGGCCACCUUAUCAAUAGGACUCAAGAGACUAGAAGUCUAUGGGGAUUCUUCCUUGAUCAUAUGCCAAAUGCAAGGAAAAUGGAAAACAACGGAUGAGAAAUUAAUUCCCUAUCAAGAACAUGUUGAAACACUAUCUAGGGAAUUCAAGGAGAUCACUUUCUCCUACCUGCCAAAAGAUAACAAUCGGCUCGCCGAUGCAUUUGCCACAUUGGCAUCCAUGGUUGAGAUGGAAUCCGAAAUAAAAGUGCAUCCAAUCACAAUCAACCUCCGACAUCAACCAGCGUACAUUAAUCACAUCUACACACUGAAGGUUGAUGGAAGACCAUGGUAUGCAAGCAUAGUAGAUCUCAUCAGAGAAGAACGAUACCUUAAGGAUGCUAUAACCAAGGAAAAGCAUUUCUUGAGAAGAUACGACAUACAGUUCAUUCUACAAGAGGACAUUCUAUACAAGAGAUCGUACGACGGGGUACAAUUGUUAUGUGUUGAUGAAGAAUAA